AUCUGGGAGCCGGCCGAGUCCCUGGGUGACACCCACAGAGGGUGCGCUGCUCCGUGUGAGCCUGAGCCUCUGGCGGCACAAGGCUCUUCUCAGCUGAAGGUGGGUCAGGAGGGGUUUUGCAAGCUGGGCCACAGGGGCGGCGGCCGGGACGUGACUGCAGGGUGGCAGGAGAGGCAGCCACUGGGCGUCUGGCAGCCAACGGGACCCUCGAGAGGACACUGCUACUCUGCUGAGCAGGACUGUGAGAUUGAUUGGUGCGUGUCGGGGUCAGAGAUAGACCUUUGAGGGGCGCAAAGAGAGGUGCUUUGCAAGAGGCCCACAGAUGUGAGGACAGUCCUGGCCAAGGACACGGUCUUUCCCUCGUGCUGGGCACCGAGACCCCCACCCAGCGGCAUCGGACCCACCCCUGUGAGUCAACCAGGCCGUCUAGGGUUAAGAAGACCUGAGGGGACAGAUGGCUUCAACUGGCCUUGAACUCCUGGGCAUGACCCUGGCCGUGCUGGGCUGGCUGGGCACCCUGGUGUCCUGUGCCCUGCCCCUGUGGAAGGUGACCGCCUUCAUCGGCAACAGCAUCGUGGUGGCCCAGGUGGUGUGGGAGGGGCUGUGGAUGUCCUGCGUGGUGCAGAGCACAGGCCAGAUGCAGUGUAAGGUGUACGACUCCCUGCUGGCGCUGCCCCAGGACCUGCAGGCCGCCCGCGCCCUCUGCGUCAUCGCCCUCCUCAUGGCCCUGCUCGGGCUGCUGGUGGCCAUCACUGGGGCCCAGUGCACCACCUGCGUGGAGGAUGAAGGUGCCAAGGCCCGCAUCAUGCUCACUGCAGGGGUCCUCCUCCUCCUCUCGGGGAUCCUGGUGCUCAUCCCGGUCUGCUGGACUGCGCAUGCGAUCAUCCAGGACUUCUACAACCCCCUGGUGGCCGAGGCCCUCAAGCGGGAGCUGGGGGCCUCCCUCUACCUGGGCUGGGCCGCUGCUGCCCUGCUCAUGCUGGGGGGGGGCCUCCUCUGCUGCACGUGCCCUCCACCCCAGAUCGACCGGCCCCGAGGACCGAGGCUGGGUUACUCCAUCCCCUCCCGCUCAGGUGCAUCUGGGCUGGACAAGAGGGACUACGUAUGAGGUGGAAAGUGUCCCUGGAAGUCUGCUGCUCAGAGCCUUCACCUUGUGCAGGAUGCCCUGCUCUGACCCUUGCCGCCGACUGCUAACCCCUGCCCUGGGGCAAAACCCAUUUUCCAGACGCUCCAAUUGGGCCUGGCUAGACCUCAUAUCAGUUCCCCUGGCUGAGUCCAGAACCUCUUCAGUGGGGUCCCCGCGAGCCCUUCUGCUACCUCCACCCAGGCCGAGCCAGAGCUGAUGGGUGUGCUGGCCUGCCCCUGCCUCUCCCGGACAAUUGCUUCCUUCUGCGGUCCACAACUUAGUCUGGCCGUCUUCUUCCUGAGGCCACUCCUGUCCCAGGAGUCCGGGCUUCACCCAAAAGGCAGCAGGUCCUUGGCUCCAAAAUAAGGAGGGGACCCCUGCCUGCAGUGGGUCCUCUCCAGCUUGGCCACCACCUGCAUCCAGAGGUCCAGGCCAGGAGGCCCAGUCUGUCACCCAACCUUCUAUGCCCACCUGCUAGU